UCCUCCUCCGCCCGGGGCCGUGACAUCAGGCCGUGCUGGCGCAGAGCGCGAAGCGCCGCCUCCCCCCGCCGCCAACAAAAGUCCCCGAGCGCCCUCCGGGCCCCAGCGCCGCGCCCGCCGCCUCCCGACCCGCCCGGCCCGGCCCGGCCCGGCCCAUCAGCCGCAGGAUGCCGAACUGGGGUGGAGGGAAGAAAUGUGGCGUGUGCCAGAAGGCAGUGUACUUCGCCGAGGAGGUGCAGUGUGAAGGCAGCAGCUUCCACAAGUCCUGCUUCUUGUGCAUGGUCUGUAAGAAGAACUUGGACAGCACCACUGUUGCUGUGCAUGGAGACGAGAUCUACUGCAAGUCCUGCUAUGGCAAGAAGUAUGGCCCCAAGGGCUAUGGGUAUGGGAUGGGCGCUGGGACCCUGAGCACCGACAAGGGCGAGUCUCUGGGAAUCAAAUACGAAGAGGGCCAGGCCCACCGACCCACCAACCCGAACGCAUCCAGAAUGGCCCAGAAAGUCGGCGGCUCCGAUGGGUGCCCGCGCUGCGGCCAAGCGGUGUACGCGGCCGAGAAGGUGAUUGGAGCUGGAAAGUCCUGGCACAAGUCCUGCUUCCGCUGCGCCAAGUGCGGCAAGAGCCUGGAGUCCACCACCCUGGCAGACAAAGAUGGGGAGAUCUACUGCAAAGGUUGCUACGCCAAGAACUUCGGGCCCAAAGGCUUUGGCUUCGGGCAGGGGGCCGGGGCGCUCAUCCACUCGCAGUGAGGCACCAGGAGCGGGGCUCUGCUCCUCCUGGGCUCCUGCAGCCCAGCCCUGGGCUUCCGCACACCGCAGCGAGCUCCCUCACCUCCUCCAUCCCCGCCUGCUGCUUCGCGGCACCAGCGCCUUCCCCUGCCCCGACCCAGCGCUCCCCGAAGCUGCGGGAGCCCCAGUGCCACCACGGGUCCCUUGGCGGGGGGACACAGCUCGCCCCCACCCGCAGCGAGGCCCCCAGCGUUCCGCUCCGCGUCGCCCAUCCCACCGGGAUGAGCCGCGCUGCGCCGUGUCACCCAGCAAGGAAUAAACGUCAAAGCUGA